AUUUCUAUAAUAAAGAAAAAGAAAAAAGAAAUUCGAAGCCAAAACCCAAACCCACAGCACACUAUGCUAUGCUAUGCUCUCUAAUCCGUUUCCGCCGUUACGCUUCUCCGCACUCUCCACUCCUCCGCCUUCCGAUUAACCGUUUCUCCUCCGCCGCCGCCGCCGCCAUGGUUGCUCAUGCCAAGGACGAGGCCUACCUUCAGGCGGCGAUUCCGAAGCGCGUCCGUUUGUUCGAGACAAUCCAGGCGGAGCAGCGCACGCAGCGCCUCUCCCUCUCGCCGGAUCCUAUCAAGGUGAGUCUCCCCGACGGCAACGUGAAGGAGGCGAAGAAAUGGCUCUCGACUCCGCUCGACGUUGCGCGCGAAAUCUCGAAGAACCUCGCCAACAACGCGCUCAUUGCCAAGGUCAACGGAGUGCUAUGGGACAUGACGAGGCCGCUUGAGGACGAUUGCCAGCUCCAGAUCUUCAGGUUCGACGACGACGAAGGCCGCGACACUUUCUGGCACUCCAGCGCGCACAUUCUCGGCCAGUCUCUUGAGACGGAGUAUGGAUGCAAGCUUUGCAUUGGACCAUGCACUACCAGAGGAGAGGGAUUCUAUUACGAUGCGUUUUACGGUGACUUGGGUCUCAAUGACGAUCACUUUAAACAAAUUGAGGCUGGAGCAUUGAAGGCUGUUGCGGAAAAGCAACCCUUUGAACGUAUUGAAGUUACGCGUGAUCAGGCACUUGAGAUGUUCUCGGAUAAUAAGUUUAAGGUUGAGAUUAUCAAUGAUUUGCCUCCCGACAAAACUAUCACGGUUUACAGGUGUGGUCCCCUGGUUGAUUUAUGUCGUGGACCCCAUAUACCUAAUACAUCAUUCGUCAAAGCAAUUGCAUGUUUAAAGGCUUCAUCAGCAUAUUGGAGGGGGGACAAAGAUCGGGAAAGUUUGCAAAGAGUUUAUGGCAUUUCUUAUCCUGAUCAGAAGAGUUUAAAGGAAUAUUUGCAUCGGCUCGAGGAGGCUAAAAAGUACGACCACAGGAUUUUGGGUGUGAAACAGGAGCUUAUUCUUCAUCAUGAAUGGAGUCCUGGAAGCUGGUUUUUUCUUCCACAUGGUGCUCGGAUCUACAACAAACUCAUGGAUUUCAUUAGAAAUCAGUACAGAGACAGGGGAUAUCAAGAGGUCAUAUCUCCUAAUGUAUUUAACAUGGAUCUAUGGGUGCAAUCUGGUCAUGCAGCAAAUUACAAAGAGGAUAUGUUUAUCUUAGAGAUUGACAAGCAAGAGUUUGGGUUGAAACCCAUGAAUUGCCCAGGGCACUGCCUGAUGUUUAAACACAGGGUUCGAUCGUAUAGAGAACUUCCUCUGCGUUUUGCUGAUUUUGGGGUUUUGCAUCGGAAUGAGGCUAGUGGUGCCCUGAGUGGAUUAACACGUGUUAGGAGAUUUCAGCAGGACGAUGCACAUAUUUUCUGCAGGGAGUCCCAGAUCAAGGAUGAAGUGAGAAAAUGCCUGAAUUUCAUCAAUUAUGUCUAUGAAAUAUUUGGUUUCACAUAUGAGCUGAAGCUCUCAACGAGGCCAGAGAAAUAUCUAGGAGAUUUGGCAACUUGGGACAAAGCUGAAAGUGCUCUUAAGGAAGCUUUAGGUGAUUUUGGCAAGCCUUGGCAGUUGAAUGAAGGGGAUGGUGCAUUUUAUGGACCAAAGAUAGACAUCAGUGUUUCUGAUGCAUUGAGUAGGAAAUUCCAGUGUGCAACUUUGCAGCUUGACUUCCAGCUUCCUGAUCGUUUUAAGUUGGAAUACUCAGCUGAGGAUGAAGCCAAAAUUGAGAGACCUGUAAUGAUACACAGAGCCAUUCUAGGAUCUGUUGAACGCAUGUUUGCCAUACUUUUAGAGCACUACAAGGGUAAAUGGCCCUUCUGGCUCAGUCCUCGUCAAGCGAUUGUUUGCCCUGUCUCCGAGAAAUCACAAUCUUAUGCGCUGCAGGUGCGAGAUCAGAUCCACCAAGCAGGGUAUCACGUUGAUGCUGAUACAACUGAUAGGAAGAUUCAAAAGAAGGUGCGAGAAGCGCAGUUAGCACAAUACAACUACAUCUUGGUUGUCGGAGAGGAGGAAGCUAAUACAGGACAGGUGAGUGUACGAGUUAGAGACAAAGCAGAUCAUAAAGUUAUGAGCAUUGAGGACCUACUCAAACAUUUCAGAGACGAAUUUGCAGCUUUCCAUUGAUGCUUUCCUUGUGAAAACUGUUGAAGAAAAUUUUCAGCACCGACCUUAGUUGUACACAUUUGUUGCAUCAUUUAUAUUUUCAACCCAGUAAUUUUUCCUGAUUUUAUAUAUGAUUUGAAUUAUCACUGUAUUUCAUUUCCGUCACUACUAAGUUAAUUUGAAUGUUGGCAAUUUGGUAGAUCCUUGUAUCCUUAAAACGUUUUUGUCUACAUUCCCAUUUAUAUCAGCUUUCAAGUUUACACGCCU